AUGGCCGAAUCCAAAGAAACAGACAAGGACAAAGUUGCCCCAGAUAAUGACGUGUCCAAAGCCCAUUCUCCUGCGAAGAGCAAACCCAAUGCGACCAAUUCUGAGGCGCCUGCAAAGCCACCAAAAAAGCGUAGAAAAGUAAACCAUGGUGUUAAGAAGUCCAAGUCUGAGCCAGAGAAUGGUGAUGGACAGAGUCAGCCCACUCAGGUCGAGUCAACUCCCUCCGAUGCAGCAUCAACGGCCGCUCCACCAGUUCCGGAUGCAGGGCUUAACCUGGCCACGCAUCCAGUACCUCCUAAUAGGGAUGCCAGCACAACAUCAGGUACCCGAAACGACCCCGUAUCCGCGCCACAAUUGCCUGCUUUGACGGCUGGUAGUCAGCCUUUUUUGGGUUACGAUGGUUUGCUCUCGUCUCAGAACAACCUUCAGGACAUGCAAUUCCACCCUUCAUAUAUGUUCAAUACCUCAGAAGUUAGCAAUGAGUAUAACCUGCUCAACGAUUUCCUCAACAACAGUCUCAUGGAUGACGGUGCAUUCUAUGGAGGCAAUGACUUCCACAGUCUCUUCACCGAUGCCUCACUCAUGAACCAGAUGGACUCUCUGAAUGGCAAUUCUGCCUACAGUGCAAGCACAUCAAGACCGCCCCAAUUACUUCCACCUCCCGCGCAGAAUGCCGCUGGGAAUGCUACAUCACGACAAGCAGCUGGGGUCCCCAUCGACAAGGCCAGAGAAAGAUACCUCGUCACAGCCGCCGACCCUGCUGGAAACGACAGUCCUGAAGAGCGCAUGAACAAACUACUCAAAGCGAAAGUCGACGCAGGGCUUCUAAAACCUUUCAACUACGUCAAGGGGUAUGCCAGAUUAAACCAGUAUAUGGAACAAAACCUGCAGCAGGCAUCUCGCAUCCGCGUACUUCGCCAACUAGAUCGCUUCCGGCCCAAGUUCCGCGAGCGAAUGCAGAGCCUGACGGACGUCGAUCUAGUACGCAUUGAGAUGUGGUUCGACAAGAGCUUAAUGGAGUACGACCGCGUCUUCGCUAGCAUGGCGAUACCUGCGUGCUGCUGGAGAAGAACAGGCGAGAUAUAUCGCGGCAACAAGGAAAUGGCGCGGCUCAUCCACGUACCGAUGUCGAAGUUGCGAGACGGUAACAUCGCUCUGCACGAGAUCAUUGCCGAACCAUCGCUGGUAUCGUAUUGGGAGAAGUUUGGCGCCAUCGCAUUCGAUCAUACGCAGAAAGCUAUUCUGACGAGUUGCUCCCUGAAGAAUCCAGAUCCGCAUUCCAAGGAUCCAGAGAUACGGUGCUGCUUUUCAUUUACGGUGAAGCGAGAUGCUUGGAAUAUACCGGCGUUGAUUGUGGGUAACUUCCUUCCUAUCACUGAGGCUACGUCGGGGUCGCUACCAGCUUCGUAG